CGCGAUACACUUCUUUAUACAGCCCACAAUAAUUGAAACCUCACUCAUCUGCGAUACAACAACUCAGCAAACUGACGGAGAAAGCGAGAGUUGAAGAAUGAAUCAAUCUCCGGUGGCAAUCCCAUCAGCCCCAAGAAGAAGAUGGUUAACUAAACUCCCAGAUUACGCUUCACGCGUCUUUUUCUUACUCAUCUUCCUCCAGAUUCCUCUUUUCAGGAUACCAUGUAAAUCUGGAAUGUGUAAAACACCAAUGGAAAUCACGGCUUCUCAGUUGAUAGCAAGUGAUAUCUUUCCUGUUCCUGUAGUGAAGUUCCUUCUCUACCCUGGUGCCGUUGUAAAUGGACUUGUGAGCAACAUGACAAUGCCAAUGUGGGGCGAUGUUUUAAAAGUUUACAACUUGACUGAUGCAAAGGGGACUUCUUCAGUACCUGAUCUGCAGCGCUUGGAGGUUCUGGCUGGAAGCUACUUUUCUGUUGCUGGAGCACUGAUCGGUGUAAUGAAACCUGGGAGGAUGAGCAUGUUCGGGACACUUUUAAUCAUCUGGGGGCUUGUCAAAGAAGGCAUACUUGGGAAACCAGUUAACACAGACCCUACCAAGGCUGUUUUUGUCUACCCAACUAUACUUAUUGCGGUGGUUUGUGCUUUCUCUUCUGUCAGGUAUGAUGCGAAUAAGAUGAAAAAGCGUACCGCUGCUCGACCUGUUGCACAGCCCUUAAAGAGCUCCAAGAAGUCUAAGCUAAAGUGAUGUAGGCUCUGAAAGUCAGUGUUGUAAUACUUUUUUUUUUCCUGGAAAAUUCUCCAACUUUCUGUGAAAAAGUAAUGAAACUAGUGACCUUGGAUA